UCAAAUUAUUUCUAUAGUGAGUGGGUGUGUGUUCAUUAAACGAAAUAUAUUUUCGUAUUUACCACGAAAACGCGAUAAUUAUUGUUUAAUAAAAAAAUGUCAGUGGAGUUGGAAUAUGACUAUGAUGCGGCUGUGGCCUCGUUGGAUUUUUUUACUCAAGAAGAUUUUAACAGUUUAAGGGAAUGGACUCAAAAAACUGAUAAAUCUAAAUAUAUCCCUAAGGAUUUGACCGAUAAGCAGUUGUUACUGUUUUACAAUGCCUGUGAUGGGGAUCUGCUGAGAACCAAGACUUGUAUAGAAAAAUACUAUUACUGUCGGAAGAACACGCCAGAUUUUUUCGAUAGUCGCGCUGUAUAUUCUGAUGAAAUGAAACCUAUGGUGGAAGCCUUGGAAUUCUCAGUGCUGCCCGGCAAGUCGUGCGAGGGCUACGACAUCAUCUUCCAUCGGCUGCGGGCCACGGAGCCCUCGAAAUACAACUUCGAGCUCGGCUGCCGCAUGCUUUUCAUGGCUGUCGAUGCGUGUUUGAGUCAACGUGGUCCUCAACCCGGAGUGGUAUUCUUGUUUGACAUGAAAGGCGUCAAACUGGGACAUUUGGCGAGAUGUGGUUUAUCGUCCCUGCGCAAGUUCUUCCAAUAUCUCCAAGAGGCGCUGCCCCUGAAAAUGAGGGCUAUACACGUUAUGAACACGGAGCCCAUCGUGGACAAGAUCAUGAUGGUCAUGCGACCUUUCAUGGAGAAGAAACUGUUUGACAUGAUAAAAUUCCACGCGAAAGAAGAAGACCUGGAGAAAUUCUACGAGACAGUAAUACCCAGGUCGACCCUCCCCCCAGAUUACGGCGGCAGUCUUCCAGACACACAGACAUUGCACGCAAAAUGCAUGCAAACUUUGCACUCUAUGGUCCCAUACUUCCAGGCUGAAGAAGCCCAGAGGAUCGCCGCAUUACCGGACAAAAAGAGGGACAAAAUGGAGAAGGCUUUUAAGAAUUUAGAUAUAGAUUAAUAUUAGAAGAUUGAGCUUUAAUAAGGUAUGUAGCUGAUUUUCAAUGUCACAUUAAUAUCCAAACCAAUGUUGUGCAAUUGUGAACUAAAUAAUAACGAUGUUAUACAAAGAUAACAUGAAUCUUAUGGAAAAUAUUCUUUUAAGUGAUUGUCAUUUCUAUUAUUUUGAUUAGUUAAUAUGUCACCUUAAAAUGCAUACAUAAGUUUAAUUGGCUCUGAUCCAUUUUUGAAUGAAAUAUGCAAUGUUGCCAAUACUAUUGCAAUAUAUUAUCUGUAACUUAGUAUUAUUGCAUAUCCAUUGGAUUAUGUUUUGUUAGCAUGAUAGGUUGCGUAGCUAACCUUUUGCGUAAAAAAAAUAUUACUAGCCGACAGACGUACCUAAUUGAAUCGCAAGUAAAACAGCUAUCAUUUUAAAAAAAUAUAUUACUCGUGUACUUUAAACUUCAAUUAUAUAUACAGUUCAAUGUUUAGCAAAAAACGCUAUGUUUCGAGUGUUAUUCAUAUGAAAAAAAUAUCGUCAUAUAUUUAUCAGGAUUAAAAAAAUAUAUAUAUUUGGCUAUAGAUAGCGGAUAAUGUCAAUUUUAUCUUAUAAUUCGUACAUAAUGAAGACUGGCUUGUCUUUAGGAUUAUAAAAUUACGUUUGUCAUAGGUACUUAAAUACCAUUGAAUAGAUAUUAAACCAUAAUAUUUUAAGGCAUACUGCAUCUACUGAAAUUUAAUAUUAAAUUGCAUAUUCAUAUUGAAAGGCUGAUCAGAAAAUGGUAUUUACUUCGCCAAAAUGCAUAAUGCAAAGCUUGCACUCUAUUCAUUUUUUUUUAUGAAAAUUAUCAUUUACAUAUAUAAACAAUAAUUAUCAUUUACAUAUAUAAAAUAAUUUUACGUCUCAGUGAUAUUCUUUAUAUUUUUUGGUUUAUGGACUAAUCCAUUUAUUCGUAAAUUAAUGCUGACUCUAAAGUCAGCAUUGUUUAUUAGUUUCGUGUAAAAAUAAACUUAUGUUCCCUUAAUUUGUAAAAAAAUUAGGUUAUUUGUAAAUGUCAGCAAAAUAAAAUUAUGUAAGAAUGCAAAUUUGCUUAAAUAUAUCUCAAUGUAUUUCAAUAAAUAAAUUUUAACGAAGGCAACCGUACCAUGACAAAAUAAAAAUUUAGCUAAUCACGCUCAGUACAGUUAACAGAACAUCAACCUACCCAAAUUCAUUGCAAACUCGCCGCUAUUAUUGCGCCAUAGAGUUUCAUGCAGGGUAAUUCGAAUUGCUGUUGACUGUGCGAUAUGUCCCUUACUGCGGUAAAUAUGUAACAUAUUGUUCUAUUUGAGGAAUUAAUAUUAUGUUUAAAAGAUAACUUCCUAGUAGGCAGUACACCUAUCUGCAAAGAUUUAGAAGAUUCUAUUUUUUGGCGUUAUAAAAUACUAGUGUUCCACAAAUAGAUAAUAGAUAUCUGAGAAAAGAUAUAUAUAAAAUAUGUGACAUAAAUAAUCUUUAUUCUGACAAUUGUAUAAUAUUUGCGGACAUUAGUACAAUAUCACGUUACAAUUAUAUUAGUUUAUUAGAUUUAUUUUUUAUUUUGAAAAUAUGCUAUUAUUAAAUAAACACAAUAUGUAUUUAGUAUUCGAUUAUAAAUAAGUUAAUACUUCGUAAUGAUUCCACCCAAUAUGUACUUACUGUCUCUAGGUACCUGAUAGCUCCGUUGAGCUGUAGAAACGUAUUGUGAUGUUAAAGUGACGGAUGCAUAUUAGUUUGAACAUAUAAUAUUAUUAGUAUAAGAAAGUAUUUUGGGAAAUAAGUACAAGUGUUCUUUUCUCUAUUAUUCAGUAUUUUGUUUAGGUAGUUGUCGGAUCUAGAGGAUAUUAAUUGAUCUGUUUGCUGUCAUUUUAAAGGGUCCAUUCCGGUUACUGAUGUAGGUACAAUUAUAAAAAUAGUGUUAUGUUAUUACUUUCUAUAGUAAAAACAAAAAAAAAACAAUUGAUGGCAGUGUUACUCUCAGUAAUCUUCUUUUAGACGGAAAUUAAUAAAUAACCUUCUGGGAAAAGCUAAAUAAUCAUAAUUAAUUCUGACGUUCAUUCUAUUGAUUUAGUUUUGUGCGUCCCACGCUAUUUUGUUGUCGAUUAAAUAAUAAUUGUUGUCUUUAAUGUAAUAAAUUAUUUCAAGUGCAGUUUCCGCUGUUAUAAUAACCAACCAUAUCACCGGAACCGGUUAAAACCCAUAUAGAAAGGCGCAAGCAAUGGUGGUGCUCUUAUAUUAAUUACCUACUCAUAAAUGCGGAUUAUGUCCUCAUUGUGAUAGAUUGAGAGGCACAUAGAAAUAUCACCAUUACGUGUGCUUCUAAACGUUACAGAAGAUAGACUGUUAGAAAUCCCUACUAGGGAGUAAGAAUUUCUAACAGUUGGACUGGAUUUUUUAUUUAUAUUAUGGGCAGAUUCAUAGUUAUCUCUAGAUGACUCCCGGAAUGCUACUAUCUAAACACACACAUCCAAUGUACUUUAUUGUAUUAUUUAUAUGUAUAAGUGGUGAUGGUAUUAUGCUUAAGCAUUUAUAUUAUGUUAGCUUAUUAAGUAGACGUAUCUGUUUUGUGAAUUCCUAGAAUCCUAUAGUUGGGUUUAUUUUGUGAUAGUAUGUUUUAUUUUGUUGGUUUGUAAAACCCAAUAUUGUGAUCUAAAUUUUAGCAAUAUAUUUUUAUUGAGCGUUGA